AUGAUCAAAAGUUACAGCGUCAUGCAGGAAUGUCCAAAUUUACUUCAGAAAAUUCUCAAGAAACACGUUGAGAUGCUAAAAGCCGUUAAUGCCUUUAAUCAAUCCUUCAAAUUUAUGUCCUUCAUGCAAAUUAUUAUGAGCACCAUUCUUUUCUUUACGAUGCUCUUCAGUAUUCAAAUGUUUCAAAAACAAUUCGCCAUACACUUUGCUUUUGCUGCAGUUUCACUUCAAUUGGUGUUUGUGUGCGUUUUUGGGGAAGUAAUUCGCACAGAGAGUGAGGCGAUCUUUGAUAAUUUGUACCAAACCAAUUGGUACGAGCUGAGCGUGAAGGAGCAGAAGGUGGUCCUGAUGAUUAUGAUGAAUUCAACAAAUCCCAUUUCAAUCAAAGCUGGAGGAAUGUACGACAUUAAUCUCAUGACUUUGGUUCAAAUUUUGAAGCUUUCUCUGUCCUACUCAGCAAUGAUUCUCACCCUUGCCAGAAAGUAG